GGCUGCCUUGAGCAUGGGUGUUCUGUGAGUGUCUGCCAUGGCCAGCCGGAGGCGCCAGACCCCCGUGAGCAGCAUGCUGGACCACAGGGCACGGACAGGGCCCCCGGCCACCCACAACUUGCAACCUGAGAGUCAGGAGGUGGAGCUACCCUUAGAGGAGUACCUGCCCACUGGCCUGGAGCUGGCCACCCUGCAUGGCACUGAGAGCCCCCCACCUGUGGAGCAGGAGUGCACUGACCACAGCCCUGAUGGGGACUCGAGCUCUGACUACGUCAACAACACCUCUGAGGAGGAAGACUAUGAUGAGGGCCUCCCAGAGGAGGAGGAGGGCAUCACCUACUAUAUCCGCUACUGCCCCGAGGAUGACAGCUACCUAGAGGGAAUGGAUUGCAAUGGGGAGGAGUACCUCGCACACGCGCCCCCUCACAUGGAGACUGAUGAGUGCCAGGAGGCUGUGGAGGAAUGGACAGAAUCGGCCGGCCUGCACCCCCUUGACCCUGAGGCUGAAGGUAGCCAGGACUAUGGGGAUGGCCACCCCCCUAUCCCAGAGCAUGAGGCCUCCACGCUGGAGACCCAUGACCAAGAAGAAGAUGUCCACUACUGUCCAGUUGAAGAUGGGUACCAGGACUACUACCCGGCAGAGGCCAAUGGGAAUGCAGGGGGGGCCUCCCCUUACCACCUAAGGCGAGGGGACGGGGACCUUGAGGACCAGGAGGAAGACAUUGACCAGAUUGUGGCCGAGAUCAAGAUGAGUUUGAGCAUGACCAGCAUCGCCAGUGUCGGAGAGGCCAGCCCCGAGGACAUGAAUAUGCAGGGGCCCGAACUGGGGCCUGGGGACUCAACGGAGGCCUGCCCACCGGUCAAGGCCAGCCGUGGCCCCAGCAGACAUGAAGGCCGGCCCAAGUCUCUGAACCUCCCAGUGGAAGCCAAGCACCCCGGAGAACCCCAGAGAGGUUUCAAGACCAAGGCCAGGACCCCAGAGGACAGGCCAAAGUGGCCCCAAGAGCAGGUCUGCAAUGGUUUGGAGCAGCCAAGGAAACAACAGCGCUCAGAUCUCAAUGGUCCUUUGGAAAACAACAACAUCACCGAGACGAAGAAGGUGGCGUCAUUUCCAAGUUUCGUGGCUGUUCCAGGGCCCUGUGAACCUGAGGACCUCAUUGAUGGCAUCAUCUUUGCUGCCAACUACCUGGGGUCCACCCAGCUGCUGUCAGAGCGGAACCCAUCCAAGAACAUCCGGAUGAUGCAGGCACAGGAAGCCGUCAGCCGUGUCAAGAGGAUGCAGAAGGCUGCUAAAAUCAAGAAGAAAGCGAAUUCUGAGGGAGAUUCCCAGACGCUGACUGAAGUGGACCUCUUCAUCUCCACCCAGAGGAUCAAGGUUCUAAAUGCAGACACACAGGAAACCAUGAUGGACCACGCCUUGCGCACCAUCUCCUACAUUGCUGACAUUGGGAAUAUCGUGGUGUUGAUGGCCAGGCGCCGCAUGCCCCGGUCAGCGUCUCAGGAUUGCAUCGAGACCACACCCGGGGCCCAGGAGGGAACGAAGCAGUACAAGAUGAUCUGCCACGUGUUCGAGUCAGAGGAUGCCCAGCUCAUUGCUCAGUCCAUCGGACAGGCCUUCAGUGUGGCCUACCAGGAGUUCCUGCGGGCCAACGGUAUCAACCCUGAAGAUCUGAGCCAGAAGGAAUACAGUGACAUCAUCAGUACCCAGGAAAUGUACAACGAUGACCUCAUCCACUUCUCUAACUCGGAGAACUGCAAAGAGCUUCUGCUGGAGAAGCACAAGAGUGAGAUCCUGGGUGUGGUGGUUGUGGAGUCGGGCUGGGGCUCCAUCCUGCCCACGGUGAUCCUGGCAAACAUGAUGAACGGUGGCCCGGCCGCCCGCUCAGGGAAGCUGAGCAUCGGGGACCAGAUCAUGUCCAUCAAUGGAACCAGCCUGGUGGGGCUGCCCCUCGCCACCUGCCAGGGCAUCAUCAAGGGCCUGAAGAACCAGACUCAGGUGAAGCUCAACAUAGUCAGCUGCCCUCCAGUUACCACCGUGCUCAUCAAGCGUCCGGACCUCAAGUACCAGCUGGGCUUCAGCGUGCAGAAUGGAAUCAUAUGCAGCCUCAUGAGAGGAGGCAUCGCCGAGCGAGGUGGCGUACGCGUUGGCCACCGCAUCAUCGAGAUCAAUGGGCAGAGCGUUGUGGCCACAGCCCAUGAGAAGAUAGUCCAAGCUUUGUCCAACUCCGUGGGAGAGAUCCACAUGAAGACGAUGCCGGCAGCCAUGUUCCGGCUCCUCACAGGUCAGGAGACCCCUCUCUACAUCUAGGCCACAGCC